UUCCGCCACAGGGUCGCACUGGCCAAGCACGCGCGCACGCACACCGGGGAGUGGCCCCUCGCCUGCCGGGAGUGCGACCAUGAGCUGCGGUUGUACCGUGCCGGCGUGCGGAGAGAGCUUCCGGGAGAGCAGGGGUCCACGGGAGCGUCGGCCCCCAGCUGAUCAAUGGAUGCGGUUGUCAGCCGCGUAGGCGACUUUGCAACCACUGUGGGGACUACUUCAGCGUCCUGUGGAAUUAGGGAGGCAAAAAAAAAAAAAAGAAAAAAAAAAAAAAAAAAAAAAAGAAAAGAAAAACAACAAAUUCCCGGGGCUGGAGAGACACCUCGGCGGUUAAGAGAGCGCCGCCUGCUCUUCCAGAGGACCUGAGUUCGAGUCCCGGCAGCCACGACCAUUUGACUCAUAUGCAGCCAGAAUAUUGUACACGUAGUCUUUUAAAUAAAAAAAUUAGAAGACGGAAAAGAUGCCCCCGCCCAUGAGGCUUCUCUCCUCUCCUUUCUCCCAUCAGACCCCAAAGCAGAGGACGGACAGCCGGGCCUCCCUUUUCUUCCGCCUCGGGCCGGACACCUGAAGAAAGCAGGCUCCGGGGAGGGGGUUUACCAUCUCAGGGCAUCUUUCCGCUUCAGGGAUGCAGGAGCCUGGCGCUGUCUCCAAGGGGCGGAGCCUGUUUCCCCCCUAAAAACAUCAGGCUCCGGGGGAGUGCUCCGGAGCAUCCUUCCGUUGCAAAGGAUGCAGGAACCCAGCGCGGUCCCUAAUGGGCGGGGCGAGGCGGGGUGAGGAGCGGCGGGGCCGUGCCUGCUUCCCAAGCGCGCUCCCUUCCCGGCCUCCCCCGCGCACGGCCGGCCCUGCGGACACUGGGGACUGCAAGAUGGCGUCGCUAGGGUAUCAACUUUGAAGACAGGGUUCCUGCUGCUGCUCAGCGUGUCCUUCGUCUUGGACAACAGCAUCGUGGCCGCAGGCCACAAAUGCUGCCUGAUCCUCUUCAGCUACAAUGACCACGGUGGCCUGAGCUUCGUGUCCAAGCUUGACGUCCCCAAGCAGAACACCCAGCACAGCAUGGACAAGAGGGCCACCAGCAAGGACCGCAAAUCCAUGGCCCUGGAGAUGGUGCACCAGAACAGCAUCACGUGGGUCUGGUUGACAGAUGGGAAGUGACCGGGCUGGCCCAUCAGCUCAGCAUGACCUGUGGUGGCCAGGUGUCCAUUUGUGAGGUGGACAAGCAGGACUGUUGCAAAUUAUGCACCACCAGCAUAGAUGGGGCCAUGACGAUCUGGGAUUUCAAGACGGAAGAAAGGUUUAAAAUAAGGGUCCAUGUCACUGAGUUACUUACGGAUACAUGACUUUGUGGACAUAUUCAGGACUUGCUCUGCUUGCAAGUCAAUUCACCUGUUUUGACCCCAGGAACAUCUUGUUGCCACUUUUCGUUUCAUGGACUAGAAAGAGCAGUGGUACUGUUUUCUCCAAAGAUCCAUUAACGAUGCCAAUAAGGGAAACAGGAAACCUCUUCCACUGAAGAUAUUCUUUGAGGAUGAUAUAAGCUGUGCCAAUAUGAAUGUAGGUCCUCACAGGCCAGAAGAGGGUGUCAGAUCGCCUGGAUCUGGAGUUACAGACAGUUGUGAGUAGCCCAACAUGAAUGCUGGAAACUAAAUUUAUUUCCCCUGGCAGAGCAGUAAGCCCUCUUAACUGCUUAGCCAUCCCUCUAGUCCUUAUUUUUAGCUUCUAAUUUGUGAUACCCAUUUUCCUGUGGAGUUUGUGAAAACAUACUCCAGUCAAAACAGGCAACAUUGAAGGGAACACUAGUCACAGUUUCAUAAUAGAAGACAUUUAUGUCUCCAGCAGAAUUUUACAUCUUAACUUUGGUGUUCAGGCUUUCUAUUGGGUAUGUAUCAUGUGUGUGUGGCAUCUUAGUUACUUUUCUACUUCUGUGAUUGAAGAGUUUAAGUUAGCUUGGGUGACUCCAUUUUGAAAGGAGAAGCCAUCUUGACCGGGAGCUGAACUCAGGUACCACAAAAUAUCACAGAAUAUGCACUUGGCAGAAAACAAAGUUAACUAUCCUAGCCAUACCCUCUGGGAAAUAUCACAAAUAAAUACUUGGUAGAAAGCAGAGACCAUCUCCCUGGGAACAAUCAGUGAGAAUCAGUUGGGCAAAUUCUCCCCAAUAUUCCAGAUAUAGUUUAAAAGAAUGGCAAUUGUGAUUAUGUGCCUCAGCUAGAGGGUCACCUCGCUGAGACUUUUACCCAGUCCUGUAAUGCGAAGGUAUGAAUCCCUGUACUUGCUGAAUCCCCUGCAUUUGUUUUUUCCUUUUAAAAACCCUGUUCACCCAAUGUUUGGGGUCCCACUUCUCUACUGCUGCAUCAGUGAGACUUGGCUCCCGAGUUCAAUUGCUCUCGUAAUAAAGCUCUCUUCCUUUUGCAUCAAGUCAUCUCUUGGUGGUCUCUGAGUGUCUUGUGAUCCUGACAUAGCAUUCACAGUCCUUAGAUGAGAGGUCUUGUUGUUAUGAUUAAGAAAUUUUAUUUUUAGAAAACUGCCUUAGCCUUCCUGUGUGAGAUCCUGCUGGAAGUGGAUUCAGACAGUGGUAGGGAUUGGGGAUUGAGCCUAGGUCCAUCUAGAGCAGCAGGCACCUCCUUAACCACUGUGACAUUCCUCCAGCAGUUUGUUAUGUAAUUAAAAAAAAAGGAGUAUUAAUUACUGUCAAACAAUUGCUACAACUCAUCUGAUACUGGUAUUUUUGGGUGAAAAAAACUCAGACCCUCCUGCCACUGCCUGCAGGAAUGCUAGGAUGACUGGCGUGUGCUGCCACACACUGCCAUAUAUAUAUAUGGAAGAGAUUUAUUAUCUGUGUCUGACUUCUAAUGACGUUAUCAAAGGUGCAGAGACCCAAGGAUUCCUCCACCUUCCAGGCACUGGACAUUUUAUAUUAUAGUAGCAGCUCCCAAGACAUAGGGCAAGGUGAUGAAGUCACAAAGCAACUGUCCAUUCGUGACCCAGGGACAGUAUGUUUUGUCAGGGAGAUAUGCAGACAUCGGGAGCAGGGGAAAGGCCAUGUGGGCUCUGACUAUGAUGAUGGGCCACAGAGCAGCAAAAACAGCAGCAUGAAGAGUCCCUCUGCUACUACUUCCUCCUUAAGAGAAGCUGAGGGACCCCAGCUCGAGUUGGUGGGAAUAAGCAUGCAUGACGUUCAGGGACUUGUAGGCGUUCCCGGGGUCAUGGUCCAUGCUGCUGACAGGAAGAGACACAGAGAUGGGACUUCAAGCAAUCCCAGAAGGCAUUGCGCUGCCCAGAUGCCAUUUUGGUAGUUCUCAGAAUCCCAGAAGUCCUUGCUCCAACACCAUGUUUGUAGUUCCCAGACAAAAUCCCAGAAGCCCUUGCCUUGUAAUUCUCAGAUACAGUCCCAGGUGCCCUUGCUCAAAAUCCAUGUUUGUAGUUCUCUAGCAGGUGGGUCUCUGCCGCGAAUGCAUCUUGGGACUGCUGGGACUUUUGAGGGCUCCGAGGUUAGAAACGAAGGGAUAAAGGUCCGUCUGUGACUAGAAGUUUUGUGUUUACAUCUCUGCGAUGGGGACCAGGGAGGUGGCGGGGCAGCCUUGGAGCCUUCGAGCCCGGAAGUGUCUGCCCUUUGCGUUGCGGGUCCGGAAGCAAAUCCUGAAGGGGCAGGACUUCCUCUAGAGGUGCGCCGCUGCACAAUCGGUUUUCCCAGAGAUUAAACCAGAAGAAAACGAUGUGGUGACCAUUUCUGAGCCCAGCUAUUUCAUAUGGAAUGCAGUGUAUGCAGUGUCCCAUUCCCUCCAUAAAAUGCUGUUGAGCAAAAUUGAAAUGGGAUCUAAAGAAGACAGAAACACAGACUGGCUUCUACCAUGUCAGGAUGUAGUGACUUAUGAUGAUGUGCAUGUGAACUUCACUCGGGAAGAGUGGGCUAUGCUGAAUCCUUCCCAGAAAAGUCUCUACAAAGAUGUGAUGUUGGAGACCUACAGGAACCUGUUUGCUAUAGGCUUCAAUUGGGAAGACCAUAAUAUUGAAGAACACUGUCAAAGUUCUGGAAGACUUAGAAGGCAUGAAAGAACACAUACCAGAGAGAAACCCUAUAAAUGUAAUCAAUGUGAAAAAGCUUUUUCACAACCCAGUCAUCUCCAAAGACAUAGAGUAACACAUACUGGAGACAAACCUUAUGAAUGUAACCAGUGUAAUAUAGCCUUUUUACAACACAAUCAUCUGCAGAGACAUAAAAGAAUUCAUGCCAGAGAGAAACCUUAUAAAUGUAACCAGUGUUGUAAAGCCUUUUCACAGCAUGGUCAUCUCAAACAACAUAAAAGAGUGCAUACUGGAGAGAAACCCUAUGAAUGUAACCAGUGUGGUAAAGCCUUUUCACAUCAUGGUACUUUCUAUAAUCAUAAAAGAACACAUACGGGAGAGAAACCCUAUGAAUGUAAUCAAUGUGGUAAAGCCUUUUCAAAGCAUGGUAAUCUCCAAACUCAUAAAAGAACACAUACUGGAGAGAAACCCUAUGAAUGUAAACAGUGUGGUAAAGCCUUUUCACUUCAUGCUACUCUUUUGGUACAUGAAAGAAUACAUACUGGAGAGAAACCCUAUGAAUGUACACAGUGUGGAAAAGCCUUUUCAUGUCAAGGUAGUCUCCGAAGUCAUAAAAGAACACAUACUGGAGAGAAACCCUAUGAAUGUAACCAGUGUGGUAAAGCCUUUUCAUGUCAGGGUGGUCUCCGAAGUCAUAAAAGAAUACAUACUGGAGAGAAACCCCAUGAAUGUAAUCAGUGUGGUAAAGCCUUUUCACAACAUGGUACUCUUUUGAUACAUGAAAGAAUACAUACUGGAAAUAAACCCUAUGAGUGUAACCAGUGUGGUGAAGCCUUUUUACAUCAUGGUAAUCUUCAACGUCAUAAAAGAACACAUACUAGAGAGAAAUCCUGUGAAUGUACCCAGUGUGGUAAAGCCUUUUCAUGUGACCGUAAUCUCCAAAGACACAAAAGAACACAUACUGGGGAGAAACCCUUUGAAUGCAACCAGUGUGGUAAAGCCUUUUCAUGUCAGGGUAAUCUCAAAAUUCAUGAAAGAACACAUACUGGAGAGAAACCCUAUGAAUGUACCCAGUGUGGUAAAGCCUUUUCACGUCAUGGUCAUCUCGAACGUCAUAAAAGAACACAUACAGGAGAGAAACCUUACAAAUGCAACCUGUGUGGUAAAGCCUUUUCAUGUGACCGUAAUCUCCAAAGACAUAAAAGAAUACAUACUGGGGAGAAACCCUAUGAAUGCAAUCAGUGUGGUAAAGCCUUUUCAUGUCAGGGUAAUCUCAAAGUUCAUAAAAGAACACAUACUGGAGAGAAACCCUAUGGAUGUAGCCAGUGUGGUAAAGCCUUUUCAUGUGACCGUAAUCUCCAAAGACAUAAAAGAUCACAUACUGGAGAGAAACUAUUAUCGUAACCAGUAAGGUAAAGGUUUUUCAAAAUGUGGUAAUCUAAAAAUUCAUAAAAGAACACAUACUGGGAAGAAACCCUAUGAAUGUAACCAGUGUGGUAAAGCUUUUUCAGAAUGUUUUAAUGUUCAAAAUAAUAAAAUAAUGCUAAUGGAGAGAAACUAUGCAAAUGUAAUCAGUGUGCUAGAGCAUGUUUACCAUAUAGUCAUCUGCAAGUACAUAAAAGAACACAUACCAGAGUGAAAUCCUGUGAAGGUAACCAGUAUUGUAAAGGGUCAUCACAGCAGAGUAUUGUCCAAAUACAUAAAAAUGCACAGAGUGGAGAGAAUCUGUAUGAGUGUAACCACUAUAAAACUUUUUCUCAACAUGGUAAUCUCCAAAUGCAUAAAAAGACACAUAAGGGAGAGAAAGCCUACAAAUGUAUUCAAUGUGGUAAAGUAUUUUGUCAAAACUGUUAUCUGCACCCUGCACAAAACUAAAGUCCAAGUGGAUCAAAGACCUCAACGUAAAUCCAAACACAUUAAAUCAAUUAGAAGAAAAAGUGUGGAAUAGCCUAGAACUCAUUGGCACAGGCAAGUACUUCCUGAACAGAACACCAACAGCACAAUUAAUAAAUAGGACCUCAUGAAACGGAAAAGCUUCUGUAAAGCAAAGGACGCUGUUUUCAAAACAAAGUGACAACCUACCAACUGGGAAAGGGUGUUCACCAACCCUAUAUCUGACAGAGGGCCAAUAUCCAGUAUAUAUAAAGCACUAAAGAAGUUAAAAAGCAACAAAUCAAGUAAUCCAAUUAAAAAAUGGGGUACACAGUUAAACUCUGUGGAGGAAUGUAAAAUGGCAGAAAAACAUUAAAGAAAUGCUCAAUGUCCUUCGCCAUCUGGGAGAUACAAUCCAAAACAACCUUGAGAUUUCUCCUUACACCUAUCAGAAUGGCUAAGAUAAAAAGCUCAAGUGUCAACACAUGCUGGAGAGGUUGUGGAGAAAGGGGAACAGUCCUCCAUUGUUGGUGGGAAUGUAAACUUGUACAACCACUUUGGAAAUCAAUUUGGUGCUUUCUCAGACAAUUAGGAAUAAUGCUUCCUCAAGAUCCAGCUCUACCAGUCCUAGGCACGUAUCCAAAAUAUACUCAAAUACACAACAAGGACAUUUGUUCACCCAUGUUUGUAGCAGCUUUAUUUGUAAUAGCCAGAACCUGGAAACAACCAAGAUGUCCCUCAACUAAGGAAUGGAUACAGAAGUUGUGGUACAUUUACACAAUGGAAUACUACUCAGCAAUUAAAAACAAGGAAAUCAUGAAAUUUGCAGGCAAAAAACGGUGGGGCCUAGAAAAGAUCAUCCUGAGUGAGGUAUUGUAGAAGCAGAAAGACACAUACUGUGUAUACUCACUUAUAAAUGGAUACUAGACCUCUAAUAUAGGAUAAAAAUACUAAAAUCUGCACAGCUAAAGAAGCUUAACAAGAAGGAGUACCUGGGGUAAGAAGUUCCAUACUUAGGAAGACAAAUGGGAUGGACAUUGGAAGUAGGAGAAAACAAGAAGCAGCAUAGGUGUCCUCCUAGAUGGUCUCUGAAAGAUUCUACGUAGCAGUGUAUCAAAGAAGAUGCUGAGACACAUGGCCAAACUUCAGGCAGAGUACAGGGAAUCAUAUGAAAGAAAAGAGAAUUAAGACCUGGAGAGAACAGGAGCUCCGCAAGGACCAAAUAUAUUUGGGUACAGGGGCUUGUUGGAGACUGAUUCUCCAACCAGGGACCAUGCUUGGAUAUGACUUAGAAUCCCUGUUUGGACGUAACCCAUGGCAGCUCAGUAUCCAAGUGGCUUCCUUUGUAAGGGGAACAAGGACUGUCUUUGGCAUGAACUGUGUGGCUAACUCUUUGACCUCCUCACCCCCUGUGGGAGGAGUAGCCUAGCUAGGCCACAGAGGAGGAAAUUGCAGCCUGUCCUGGUGAGACCUGAUAAGGGUCAGAUGGAAGGUGAGGAGGACCUCCCCUCUCAGUGGACUUAGAGAGGGGCAAGGAGGAUAUGAAGGAGGGAGGGUGUGUUUGGGUGGGAAUAAAGGAGGGGCUAUAGCUGGGAUACAAAGUAAAUAAACUAAUUAACAUAAAAAAUAAAAAUUUAAUAAAAAAAACUUUUAUCUGCAAAGACAUAAAAGAACAUAUACUGGAGAAAAGUCCUAUGAAUGUUUUUAAUAGGAUGAAGACUUUGAACAUUUCUGUAGUGUCCAUUAUCAGAAAAGAAUUCAUUCUGCAGGAAAUCUCUAUGAACAUAUUUAAUUUGGUACAUGAAACUUUGCCUUUUUAUCUAGCUGGUAGAGCUAUAAGGAAAUAUUAUACCCAUUAGACAACUGUAUAUCUCACAACAUAGCUUGAUGUUCUGUGGAUAUGUACAUAAUAUAUAUUGUUCCAUAAUUCUUCAUAUUCACAGUAGGUAUUCUUUGCCACUUCAUCUUGAACUAUUAGCUUCUCAGGAAAUUACAUAGUGAUGCUAGAUAAUGUCACAACAUUUUCAUUUCUUGCUAGUAAAAAGAAUUCUGGUGUGUGUACUAUGAUUAUGGGGUUUUAGCACAUGUCCAUGUGGAUAGCAGAAGACAACUUUUUGGUCUACUUUUUGUCGUCUUUGUAUGCCAAUGAAAUGUCAAGUUGCCAGCUUUGCAUACCUCAGACAUUUCCACAAAGCUGACAAACUGAUUCUCAAAUAAGAUUGGUUGAAAUCCAUAAAAUAUUGUCUCCUUUUCAAGUUAGAAAUGUCAUCAUAUAAGGGUGGAGAAAGCAUGAUGAUCUGAAUAAUAAAUCGUAUUGUCCAAUAAAAUUA